AUGGCAGCUGAGACAGGGAGAUACAGGAGUGCAGUUAGCAAAAACAAAGACCCCUCUGGUCUUCUCAUCUCUGUCAUAAGGACUCUGUCCAGCAGUGAUGAUGUGGAGGACAGGGAGACAGAGAAGGGUCGUCUGGAAGAAGCCUUUGAGACAUGUGACAGGGAUUUAGAUGAGCUGAUCGUUCAGCAUUAUGCUGAACUCACCACUGCCAUCAGGACCUACCAGAGCAUCACUGAGCGCAUCACCAGCUCCCGCAACAAGAUCAAACAGGUGAAGGAGAACCUCCUGUCUUGUAAGAUGCUGCUCCACUGCAAAAGGGACGAGCUGAGAAAGCUGUGGAUAGAGGGCAUCGAGCACAAGCACGUCCUCCAGCUGCUGGAUGAAAUCGAAAGCAUCAAGCAGGUGCCUCAGCGGCUGGAGGCCUACAUGGCGAGCAAGCACUACCUUCAUGCCACAGAUAUGCUGGUGUCAGCUGUGGACUCCUUAGAAGGCCCCCUGCUGCAGGUGGAGGGACUUGGAGAUCUGCGCCUGGAGCUCCACAGCAAGAAGCUCAACAUCCACCUGGUGCUCAUUGAUGAGCUGCACCGACACCUCUACAUUAAGUCCACAAGUCGCCUGGGACACAAGAACAAGGACAAAAAUGCUGCUCGCCUUCCAGGUUCCACGACCAAAGACACAUCUCCAAUGCCAGUGUUGGAUGUCAGCAGCUUGUCCACCCCGCGCAAGCUCUUGGAUUCAUCACAGUUCAGCACACCUGGAUCCAGCAGUGUGCGUGAGCUGCAGCAGGAUGUGCGGGAGUUGAACCAAGCAGACCUCUCUGAGGUGGAUCCAGAGGAAAACAGUGCUGAGUUCAUGGGCAUCCUUAUCAAGGCUCUGGCCAAGUUGAAGAAAAUCCCGGAGACCAUCAAAGCCAUAAUGGAGCGGCUGGAACCUGAGCUGAAGCAGAUCGUCAAGAGGUCCACCACUCAGAUAGCAGACCACGCUUACCAGAGAGGAGAAAACUUGGCCCAGGAGAGCCAGCCGAGGCUGCUGCUGGAACUGCUGGAGCUCCUGUUUGAUAAGUUCAAGGCAGUGGCCCAGGCUCACAGCGUGGUGUUGGCCCACCUGCAGCGGAUCGCUGUGCAGUGCCCAGGCGGGGCCCACGAGGAGGGCAUCAAACUCUACGAGCAGGCUGACGUCUCUGCCAAGAUCCAGACAGUGCUGCAGGUUCUGCUGAUGGAAUAUCUGGAUGUGAAGAACAGCCGCAGUGCCACAGAGCCAUCGGCUCAGCUCUCCUACGCCAGCACUGGCAGCGAGUUUGCUGCCUUUUUUGCGAAGAAAAAACCACAGCGUGCCAAGCAGUCGCUCUUCAAGUUUGAAUCAUCUUCCCAUGCCAUCAGCAUGAGUGCCUACUUGAGAGAGCAGAGGCGAGAACUCUACAGCAAGAGUGGAGAAUUACAAGGUGGUGCUGAUGACAACCUGAUUGAAGGAGGAGAAAUGAAGUUUGUGUGUAAACCGGGAGCGAGGAACAUCACUGUCAUCUUCCAGCCUCUUCUCAGGUUCAUUCAGGAGAUAGAGAUGAACAUGGGGCCAGGUCAGGCCAAGCAGUGCCAGCUCCGAGCCUUCCUCACUUACUACAUUAAUGACCUCUUCCUCAACCAGGUGCGAACAGAGAUCAACAAGGAAAUUGAGGCAGUGAGCAAGGCAUCUGACCCACUGAAGAUCCUUGCCAGCGCUGAUACCAUGAAGGUUCUUGGCGUCCAGAGACCCCUGCUGCAGAGCACGGUGGUGGUGGAGAAGUCAAUCCAGGAUCUAAUGAGCCUAAUGCAAGACCUGAGUGCCUACUCCAACCAGUUCCUAGAGAUGGUCUGCGACAAGCUCAAAGAGUACAAGGAAAUCUGCAACACAGCCUACAGGGGUAUAGUCCAGUGUGAGGAAAAGCUCACCAUCAGUGCUUCCUGGUCGAAAGAUGAGGACAUCAGCCGUCUGCUCCAGUCGCUUCCUAACUGGGCAAAUAUGGCCCAGCCGAGACAGACGCGACAGAAGAGGGAGGAUGAAGAGGACUUUACUCGGGCGGCUUUUGCUAAGGAGUCGGAGGUGCUGACUGGGAACCUGGGAGACAAGUUAAUCCCCCAGAAUGAGAUCCUGCGGGAUGUCAGUGACCUGAAGGCUUUGGCCAACGUUCAUGAGAGCAUGGAGUGGCUCGCUGGUCGCCUCAAGACAUUCUUCACCAACCUGCCUCAUGCUUCCAGUGCAUCUCCGUGCUCAGCAGACAGCCAGGUGGUUGGUGAGAGCGAGCGGAGCAGAGAGCAGAUUCUCCAGACCCUAAGCGACCUGUCCAGGGGCUUCCAGGACAUUGCAGACCGCUGUCUUCUGGUAUUGCAUCUGGAAGUCAGGGUGCAUUGCUUCCAUUACCUGAUUCCCCUGACAAAGCAAGGCAAUUAUGCCAUUGUGGCUAAUGUGGAGAGCAUGGACUAUGACCCGCUGGUGGUCAAACUGAACAAGGACAUCUCAGCCAUAGAGGAGGCCAUGGGGGCCGCCCUGCAGCAGCACAAGUUCCAGUACAUUUUUGAAGGUCUGGGUCAUCUUAUCUCUUGUAUUCUAAUCAACGGCGCCCAGUACUUCAAGAGGAUCAGCGAGUCUGGCAUCAAGAAGAUGUGCAGGAACAUUUUUGUCCUCCAACAGAACCUCACUAACAUCACCAUGUCCAGGGAGGCCGACCUCGACUUUGCCAGGCAGUACUAUGAGAUGCUGUACAACACUGCAGAUGAGCUGCUGAAUCUGGUGGUGGACCAGGGUGUCCGCUACACCGAGCUGGAGUACAUCAACGCCCUGUCCUUACUCCACCGCAGUCAGACAGGUGUGGGGGACCUGAGCACCCAAAACAUCCGGCUGCAGAGGCUGAAGGAGAUCAUCUGUGAGCAGGCCGCCAUCAAACAGGCCACCAAGGACAAGAAGAUCACUACAGUGUAACGAGAAAAGAGGACAGGGUCCAAAAGGGAGGUUGAUCAUAGAUAUAGAAAUGUAGAUCCUUCAUUGGCUGCUGAACCUUCAGUCAAUGUUGCCGCCAUAUUGGAGAGUGUAGGGCUCGCCUUUGAAGAAAUGUUGUGUUUUUUUCUGGUUAAAAAGCACUAUAAUUUUUACAUUUCUCUCUCAACUGAUUGCAAUGAGUCAUUUUUCCAUUUAAAGGUUUCUGAUCUAUGUGUUGUCGAAAUACAAGUUUUGUUUCCAGUGAAUUGGAAUCUCAAUAUUUGGGUUAUAAUUUAUUGUCAUAAGGAAUUGUGCAGCUCAUAUUUUUAACCAUGGAUUAGACUUAUUUUCCUGUUAAUACAUGUGGAGACGUCCCUAUACAAUAGAAUUAAAUGUGGUAGUAGACAGCUUUUCAACUAGCUAGCCUGUAGCUUGCUAACACUGUCUGUUUAUCAUGAACUUUUUGAUCCUAACAAAAUACAGUAACUUUCACCACCAUCAUUUUUAAGUGCCACCACAAGAAAACAUGUUCUUUGUUUAUGUAAUAUAAUGUGCGUUUCGACUGGUUUUCAUCUGCACCCUACACAAUCCUGGGAAAAUGAAGGCUUGCUAAGGUUAGCGCGCUAGCUAUGUUAGCUAUCUCUGGCAGCAGAAACAAACAUCUAUGAUCUAUUGUUUGAUAACCUAAUCAAAGAAUAUGUUCUAUUCAGAUCAAGUAGUUGAUGAUAAGCAGACAGUGUUAGCUGGCUAGCUCGCUAGCUAGCUGACAGUUGUCUUCCUCCACAUUGAAUAUGUUAUACAGUCGUGGUUUUCAAACUCUUUGUGCCCAAUACACACCAAAGGGCAAGCCAAAAUCUGAAGGCACACCUUUUCUUGUUUGUUUUUAGUCACUAAUAUCAAAUAACAAUUGACAACCAACUAUUACUCUUGAAAUAUUUAUUAAUAAAAUGAUUCAAGAAAUUAAUUAAAUAAAAUUGAAUUACUUUUUUUUAGGUAACGUUUGCCUCUUUAUUAGAAAAUGGGUGUGCAUAACAUACUGAUACAGUCAACUUAAAAAUUCAUCCAUAACUUUUUGUAUAGACCCAGUUUAAUAUUGAAAAAAUAAUGUUUGGUUAUCAUAAAAUCCUGCGACACACCUAUGCCAUGGCACACCAUUUGAGAACCACUGUUAUACAGGGAUGUCUCCACAAUUAUUAGCUGAGAUAAGUAAGCCAAAUCCAUGCUGGAAAAGCAAGUUUUUAUAAUUCCUGACGAGAAAUUAUUUACCAGUUACAUUAAGUAAUUCAGUUCAUGUAAGCCUAACACACACUUCUUUCUUGAGCUUCUAGCAGCAAUUAUAAUCUCAAUAUCAAAAUUCUCAUUUACUUGAGACAAAACUUUUUUUUUCCUACUACAUGUAGAUCAUAAACCAACAGAUAUAAACACAACUUAUUGCAAUUGGUUAAGGAAUAUAAAUGUUAUAGAGCUUUAUAUAAAAAAAAAAUACUAGUCUUGCUCUUUCUAAUAUGAUGACCAUUUUGACGUAUGACUCAAAUGAGCUGACACAGUCAAUGCUACGUCUACAUCUAUAUGUCUAUGGGAUAUAUGACCAAUCAAGAAACCUCUGUCCUGCAACUACUGUUUCUGCUCCUUCAGGAACAUGUGCGCCAUAUAAUUAGGUCAUGUAUGCAAGAGUAAAGAAUGAUAGAGCAAAAACUAGCAGGACAGAGGGUUUUUAAGAAUUGGGUUAGAAAACACUGAAAUAGAGUCUUUCUCCAGACAUACAUCACAACGUGUGUGAAAUCUGUUGAUGGAAAGUGUGUCUUCUCCAUUUCAUCUCUCUUGGUGUGAUGAAACGCACUGUAGUCGAGGGCUGACACAGAUAUACUUUCCAACUCUGGGCAUGUAAGUUAUAUAUAUAUCAGCGUAUGAAGCACUGGCUCACUCUAAUUGGGAAGCGGGGUGACAGCCAACACAACUGCAAACUUUGCAAGUUUAGUUUGCCGUGUAUCUAUGUCAUAAGGUAGCCUGUGUUGUCAAUUUACACUUUCUAAAAGUCACGACAAAUGCAGCUGCCGCGCUUCGACUCCAGCAGUCCCCCCCGCUCGCCGUGACUCCAGCUCCAGAUAAAAAGGCGAUUGUCUUGGACACUCACCCGAACUUAGGCCCCAUCUCAUCUCAUUUUCCUAUUAGAUCUAAACUGCUGCUCUCAAUUACACCUCUAUCUCUCCUCUCCUGGCAGCCCCAUGGGCCCACUGAUUCUGUCUGCAAUAACAGAUGCCAGAUUAGGCUGUCUGAAUGAGGCCACAUCUUCCGCCUGCUGCCAAUUUGGGUUGGUCCCCAAAGAUUCCCCUAGCUGAGAAUUGUAUCAUAUCUAUGGCUGUUAAAAAUCUGUUUAUCCGUCUCUUUUUCCUUAUAGUUUGUGCAGUAAACUAGUGUGGAAAGUUGUGAGCUGAUUUUUUUUAUAUACAAAUUGGACAACAGAGACUGACUAAUGAAGAUAUUUUUGCCGAUUUCAGUUUCAUCCUUACUUAAAACAGACACAAGGUUUAUCUGAAAUGUUAUUUUUCAAGUCCAGCGUUCCACAGUGGAGUGACUUGCACUUUUGUGCUACUGCUUGUGUGCAGGAAUACAUUUCAUCAGUCAUACUCGCUCAAUAAAAUGAAAUGAUGCAAUUCUGAAUCUUUAUUUUGUCGUCCCUACUACAAGUCUUUUAACGCAAACCGAACAUAUAAACUCGAUAGGAGAUCACAAAUCAUUCGCCUCCCCGCAACCCUCCCUGUUUUUAGUUCAUUAACUUGGGAGAGAAGUACUUAACGAGAGCAGGAGAGGGGAAUGGGAGCCUUGUCAAUACGGCGGGCCCGGCGCUGGUCUCCCCGAAGCCCACACAGCAAUCCAUCAUAAUGACACAUAGGCUGGGAUCGAUGGGAAAACAACCGCGGAGCUGCUGAGGGGUUCGCCUACCACUCUGAAACGAACACUUGGUGUAAAAUCUAAAAUGUGCUCAUUCAGCUGUUCACUUCAGAGCUACUUUUGUAAUGUCAUACAAGGGAAACUUUAAUACAAUGUUAACUGAGUGUGUCAUGUCACACACAGAUACUAUUAUACUAUUAUCCCACUGCACACACACACAUAACCCCUAAAAGUCCAGGAGGCUUAUGUAUUGGAAAUACUCCAUGUGUGUAAGUACAAACCACUCCUGCUGUCCAUGCUUUAUAUUCAUGAAUGAAAUAUGUAUUCAUUUUUUACUCAUGUGCUUUUCUUUUUCUUUGCAGUCAACCUUUAAUUUGCACAGUUUGAUUCGAGAAAUUUCUGUUUCAAGUAAGAAUGUAUUGAAAUCUAUACAUCAAAGUGUGUUAAUCUAAAACAUCCUCAUUGUCCCUCUUCUUCUUGAGUGUCAUAAAUGCUCUGACAUGUUUGUCUACUCUAAAUUUAGCACACGGGAUUUGUCAUCGCACACACUAACACAUUGAAAAAAUAAAGCCUUCAAAUUCCAUCA